AUGUCUGUGACAUCCAGAUCAGGUUCACCGUCUUAUCCACGUUCGCAGAGCGUUACCGAUGGGCCUGGAGUCGGGCCAAACGCUACAUGCCAUCACGAUGGCGCCCCACGGUCUUUCGCUCGAGAUGCCUCCAUAGCCAUUUUAGGCAUCCGGGGCACCGGCAAGACGAGCCUUGGCUUUCUUGCCUCGGUCGCCCUUGGAUUUCGUCUGAUUGAUAUGGACAAGCAUUUUCUGGCGACGACUGGUUUGGCCAGAGCGGCCUUUGCCGCAGCUCAUGGCCACGACGAGUAUCGGAAGCGAGAAGUCGGCCUGAUGCGCUCUCUGCUUCAUGAAUAUCCCACAAAUUCCGUCAUUGUGUGCGGGCCAGGGUCGGUAGAGGGCACCGGGCAAGAGCUGCUUCGACAUUUUGCCAAGUCCCAUCCGGUCAUCUAUGUGAUUCGUGAUACUGCCGAAGUCACCCGCCACUUACGAACAAAUAACUGUGCUGCCAUUCAGCACUUGGAACUUCUAGCAGGGCCAAUCUAUCGAUCGCUGUCGAAUUUCGAGUUCUACAAUCUAUCCGAGUUAUCACAGCCCCCAUCGACGAACCUUGACAUGGAAGAUGGUCAAGAAGAAGAGUACGUGGGCAUCUCACUCCCCUCAACGUUGGUCUUAAAGCACGUAGAGGAGGACUUCCUCAACAUGCUCGACAAUAUCGGAUGUGGUACCGAUAGACUGCGUCUUCGGGAUGCGCGGCACUCGCUCUCUUACCUCUCUCCAGAAUUCAAGCCUUAUACUUAUGCCUUGACUGUACCCAUAUCUCUGGUUUCUUCAAUAGCUCCAUCGCUGCGGAGGGAAGGCGUAAUAGCUGACGCAGUCGAGCUGGCGAUGGAGUUGCCACAUUUGUUAAAAGUCAGCAAGCGGCAAGAAGGGGGUAUUGACGAACACGCCUUGCUCAACUACGUCACGAAACAAUACUACGUGCUUCGGCGAAAUAUAAGACUGCCCGUGGUACUGAAUCUUCUUUCGCCCUCGCAGCAGUCUUCGGGUCAUAACUCUUUGGAGGUUUCUCAAUUAGAAAGGUCCUACUUUCAGCUUCUGCAGCACCUGCUUCGUCUAGCUCCGGAAUACGUGGUGGUAGAUCUCCAACACAACCUUGACCGCCACAAGGUGCUGCUCGGGAACAAGGGCUCUACGAGAAUUAUUGGUCACUUUUAUGAUGCAAAUCCACAGCCAGAUGCUUGGAAGUUGGUCGCUCGCAUGCACAUCGUCGAAACAGCCGAGGGACUCGGCUGCGAUCUUGUACGGAUUUGCCAACCUGCCCGAGAUCCCAACGACAACUUUGCCAUGCAAAUGUUUGCUGAACAAUUCCAUCAAUCUCCAAACUUUAAGAUGAAGCUUAUAGCAUUCAACACCGAGUCUCUUGGGCGCAGGUCGGUGUUUACCAACUCGGUUCUGACUCCAGUGACACACAAACUCAUCCGCGAGAGUUCAGAACCGCCAGCUCCAUGGGUUUUGACUGUGCAAGAAGCGCAGAAUGCGUUAUACUCUUCGUUCAUAUUGGAAAAGAUGCAUUUCUUUGUCUUUGGCUCACAGGUUUUCCGUACUGCGUCACCAGAAAUGCACAACGCUGCGUUCCGGUUCUGCUCAAUACCACACGAGUACUUUGGUAUUCAAACGGGCACGUUGCAGGAUUUGGGAAAGAUGGUCCAUGACCCUUGCUUUGGUGGGGCGAGUAUAACAAUGCCAUUCAAAAAGGAAGUCAUUUCCAUUGUCGACUAUCUCAGUCCGGAAGCACAGGCAAUUGGUGCCGUCAACACCUUGCUUCCUCUCCGAGACAGAAAGUUGCGAUCCGUCUUGAGCCGCAACAAGCGAGGCGCUGUGGUUGCUCUUUUCGGGGACAACACAGAUUGGAUCGGCAUUCAUACCUGCAUUCGGGGGAAUCUGUCACCCAUCAACACGGUCAAAAGCCGUACAACUGGCCUCGUCAUUGGUGGUGGCGGUAUGGCCAGGGCAGCAAUCUACGCCAUGAUCAGAUUGGGUAUCAAGCAUAUAUUUGUGUACAAUCGCACCCUGAGGAAUGCAGAAGGGCUCGUAACCCAAUUCAGCCAGCAGAAAUUCGCCAUCCAGAGCCUAAAUCUGGCGUACUGCAGUCCUCCAUCAUCGCGCGAGGGGUCGAUCUUAGACGAUGGUGAUGUCGAAUAUGUCGGGCCGUCCACCGUACAUGUGAUCCCCACCAUGGAAGACGCCUGGCCGUCUAGUUUUGAUCCACCUGCAGUGGUUAUAAGCUGCAUUCCCGCGUUGGAAAAGAAUGGCAAAUUGAUUGAUUCGAGUCUGCCUCCAUCUUGGCUCCAGAGCAAUACUGGAGGUGUAGCCAUUGAGCUUGCCUACGACCCGAUCGACACGCCAUUUCUUCAACAAGUCCGAGCGAUAAACAACAGAGGAUGGAUAGCAGUAAAUGGCCUCCAGGUUCUUCCAGAACAGGGCAUAGCUCAAUUUGAGCUGUAUACCGGCGUAAAGGCGCCACAGAAUGUCAUGAGAUCCGUGGCAGCCAAGCGUGCCAGCAAGUCUAGGAUGGGAAUCUACCCGUCUAUAAGCGCGCACUCGAAUCAAAUUCCAUGA